AUGAUAUGUGGUACUUUGACACGGCAACGAACGCGUGGACAGCUCGACAGCUCACGUGACCGAGCCUAUGUCUACGGAGGAUGGGUUGACUCCGGAACGGGCACUGACCUUUGGUACUUCGAUUUGACUGGCAACACGUGGACCCAGGCGCACGACGGCACUGGUACAGCACCACCAUCGACGACUGGCUAUGUCGCAGGGAUCGGGCCUUCCAACAACAUCAUCUACCUCUGGGGGGGCAGUAUGUCACCAGAUGAGCUUUGGUCUUAUGACAUCGCCACAAAUGCUUGGAGCCAAGUGGAUGAUGGAACCGGAACCGCACCACCGGAGAGGAGUACGGGCAAAGGGCCUGCGGCCGGGGGUGUUACCCACAGCCCGCUGAGGCUCUAUUUCUAUGGGAACAAUGCUCAUAACGACAUGUGGUACUACGAGAAUCUUCCUUCUUCCAGUCCCAGCCCUUCUCCAUCUUCGAGCCCGACUCCCGUUGCCAGUCCAUCCCCUGCAAGUGUGGCUGGGGACCCCGUGUCUUACUUCAGAAGCAAGCGCUAUGAGUUUGGUCUUCCGGAGGGCAUGAGCUUGCUGCUCAAAACACCUGACAUGGAGCUUUGGGGACAGCCUUUCUAUGGGAUGAUGGGGGAGCAGUGGAUUGAGAGGCUUUCCAUCCGCUCUUUGGUGGAGAUCAGACCCGACAUCGUUUUCUACGAUCCCAGCCGUCGUUUGGGUUCCUUUGCCACCCUCGAUGUGACCAUUCCAGAAAUCUACCCCAAGCCUCUCCCGCGGAUCCCGAGUCCUUGCAGCCACCACAGCAGCGGACUUUUGCUAGGCUGUGCCCAGAUGCGCUACGUCUUUGGUCGGCCCAAAGGCCGCAUUCCCCCCCGCGAGGUGGUCGCCGUUACGGGGCGUUACCUCGGUCUCUACAUCUUUUCCAGCUCCGCUUGGGAGUUCUACCAGAACGCCCCACUUGCCGCGCAGCACGCCCACCUGGACAUUGAGUUCUCGGAAAUGCGGAAUGUGAGUAGUUUCACCGGGCUUUUGGCCGAGGUCUGGGGCCUUCAGCCUAUGUCCAGCCAGACCAGUAAGCUGAUGAAAUGCACAGGCCUUGCCAGUGGGGGAAUCGAGCCCAUUAAAGCAGAGGGUGCAGGAAAGAUGAUAGUGAUGUCCGAGGAGACCGUUCCCACAGACCCUCAAGCCUGA